AGCGGAAAAAAAAGAGGAUGCAUUUCCUGGUUGGAGCCACACCUCACACACAGAAAGAGGCAGACUGUCAGAGAACUGCAGCUGGUUCAUGAUCUCACUGCUUCAGCCGCUCUCUGCUCAUCUCUGAUAAAAGUCGCAACUCUAAACGUGCGAGUUUGGAUUUUAAAGUUUGAAUCGAAAACGCUUUAUUUUUUUUUUGAGGAGUAAAGUUUUUUUUAUUUUAACUUUUUCGACUGAGGAUCAUCUAACAGAGGAAAUUUGUGGAUAUCCUUAUUUUUCCCAUCUGAAUCAGCUGGAGUCCACCUAUAGAUUGUCGUUUGUCUGAGGUGGGGUUUUCUCAGGGUUUUACCCUCUGACUGCCUAUAUUUGUGUGGCUUUUUGUCUGGAUGCCCCAGGAUUAUCCACAGGCUGCUGUUCCUUCUCGGGCCUGCAGGGCGGCAGCAGAGAUCAACGGCCGGCCGCUGGACAGGCAGACCAUCGGCAUGAGUGACUUCUGGCACAAGAUGGGCUGCUGUGUGGUAGCCAAACCCCCUCCGAAGAAGAAAAGGAGAAAGAUCGACCGCAGCAUGAUCGGGGAACCGACAAACUUUAUCCACCUCACGCACAUCGGCUCUGGGGAGAUGGGAGACGGUCUGCAGCCGUCAGGGUCUGUUCAGGAGCAGAUGAGGUCUAAAGGCCCCAACAUGAAUGGCAGGAACAGCCUGUUAUAGCCGGAUUGUAUUAAAUUGACUCAGACCAGCUGACUGACCUCCUCCGCACUCUGAACCUGUCCUCCAACAUCCAGCUGAUGGCUUUAACCACCCAGCAGCCCUACUGAUGUGUCAUUGAGCAACAGUUGCCCCCUUGCGACCUUCAUUUCAGAAUGUUUGAGCAAGUGUAAAAAAUGUUUUAUUUUUUUCUCCCUGGUCAGGUCUGAAAAUUGGUAGCCAAACAAGAAUUAUAGAGAUUUUCUUUUUGGGGGGUUAAAUUUGGCACCAGCUCCAGAAUUCAUCCUGUAUAAUAAAGCUAGGAACUCAGACUCUUAAAGCUGCCCCAACUGUUAUAUUUCACUGGAAAAAAAUCCCUCAAAAGACUUCAUUCUUACACUUUAGUUGGAAAUUAUACAGGAUGUUCAUCUUUUGAGGUGUCUCCCAUCAGUAUUAAAUUAAACAAAGAGCUACCACCACUGGGCCUAGCAUCUUUUACUGAAAUACAGAAAACUGAGUUACUAUAUAAUAAAAAUCAAAUCAGGAAUAUAAGAACAGCUUUUAACUGUUUUCUGAUCUUGGAAACUUCCCAGAUGGAUCUUAAUUUCCAAGGUGUUUUAUUCUGCUAAACUCUUUGUAUUCAGAAUCUGUGUUGGCUUAUUGUUUCCCAACCAUUUAGUUUCAAUAGGUGUGCCAUGGACAUCACUAGACAUCAUUUCCCAGAAUGCUUCAGUUUGGCCAUCCCCUGCUUCUGGGGCUCUAUGACAACAGACUCUUGUUUUAAGGAGACAGGAAAGUCCCACGAAUCUUUGCUACACUGGACUGAAGUGUGUAUGUGUUGAAUUGGAGGAGUGUGUGUGUGUGUUUGUGUUUUCUAUAUCUGAACUUUGUGGGGAACGUCAGUGAUUUUAUUUGUAGACAUUUAGGGCAAGUCCUUGGCCUCUCUUUUUAGAGAACCAGGUUUAGGGUCAUGGGACUGCAUUAUGUCAGCAACAGUCCUAAAAAUGAUAGAAAAGAAGCACAGACAUGUAAAUGUGUGUGUCAUAGUGUUCCCAGUUUAAAUAUAAACAACCCAAUUUCAGUUUUUUUCUUUGUUUUACUCUAAGAGGUUGUCCAGCCCAUCCCAGUAUUGGCUCGGGAAAUGAAAAUGGUUUUCUGCCCUCACUGUUUAAGAUAUUUCUAUUAUUUUAAUACAUUUAAUGCUGCAUUUGGUAGAGGACAUACAGUUUGACUGCUUUAUCUUGUGAGUGCUUGACUUAAAAGAAAAUCUGUUAUUUGUAAUUUCAUGCUGUGUUUUGGGAUUUAUUGUGUGAUAUUUGUAAAAUUUAUUCUGCUCGUUUUCUUUGGCAUUUCUCCCAAUCCUAAUUAUCUAGUUUUGCUUAUUCAGAUUUUUUUAUUUUUUUUUAUUUUAGACAUUAAGUGUAUAUGUGGAUGGAGUCAAAGGUUCUGUUUUUCAUGUUUUUGAGAGAAAAAAAAAACACUUUGAGAUAUUGUGGAACUGAAAAAUAAUCUGAGACACUUUGAACUACAAUAUUUACAUUAGAUGAUUUUUUUAUAUAAAAUCUGUUCAGGUUUUUUGCUUUAUGGUUAAUCAGAAAGAUUAAUUCUAGCACUUUGUAAGAAAUAAAUCUUGUGCAGUACCAAAUAAAAAUGUAUAGUCCCUUUAAAGAAUUCAAAAUAGAAAUACAUUUUUAUUGUAAAUACUUUAUUUUAUACUUUGAAUUUUGUACCCACAUCAUGGUUCAAAUGUGUCAGUUCGCUAUGUAACACACCAUAAAGACACUGAGAAGAGGAAGAAAAAGUCAGCUCAGUGUCAUCUCACUCAGUAUCUUAUAGUUUUAAAGUAUUAUACAUUCACAUCUUUAAUGGAAGUGAAAGCCCAGACUCGUUGUAAUUCAAAUAUCUGGACAAUUUUCUUUUUCUGGUCCAAAAAUGUCUCAAUCAAACCAGACAGAGAUGACAAAAUACAUGUGGAAGAUUUCCAUUUGGGAGUUGAAAAAAUACUGGUAUAAAGCUAAUCCUAUUUUUCUUUUUGCAAUAAUACAGCGAAAUACUGAACUGAGUUUCAAACAUGAAUGUUUGUUGAAGCUAGAGUUAGCAAUGUCGCACAGCUAGGUGUUACAGAAAAUUGGUGGUUUAAAACUCCUGCUUUAAAAGUGGUGGAAUUGUUAAAAUUCUUGUGAAAAAUGUAUUUAACUGUUUAUAAAGGUAGACAGAAAUAAAAAGUAACUGCUGAAAUUGAAUCUUUAUCUUUAGCCUUUGCAUCGAGGCACAGCUAACUGCUACAGGAAGCUGAACAAUUGGUUUACAAAGUGCAUGAAACAGUAAUUUAAACAACUUUUAAUGGUAAAAAUGCUCAUGAAAUAUGUCAGGUGUAUCAUUGCUGUAGAGGAAGACAGAAAUGAAAGAAAAACACUGCUACACACAAUUCUUCCAUUGUCAUUCCUCAAUGUGCAGAAGCUAGCAUUAGCACUGCAGCACAGCUAGCUGCUCUAAGGGAAAGAAAAUGUCUGGUUUAAAACUCAAAACUGUUUAUUUAAUGUGUUUGUUGUUUGUAAACAUUUGAGCAGACAAUUGGAGGGUGUUUAGCUAAUUUUGAUGCUUCACUACACCUCACCUAGCUAUUGAAGGAAGUUGGAAAAGUUGUAGUUCAAAAGCCUUGUUAAUCACUGCUUUAAAAGUGGUGGGCUACACAUGACAGAUCAUUGUUUGGUGUCACGUUAUCAUACAGGGGGGGAGGAAAUGAAACAUAACUCUUCUGAAACAGAGUUCCUAUUGAUCAUCCUUGUUUUUAUAAUAGCUAAAGGUUUAGCUCAUAUGUUCUAAAUAAAUGUUACAUUUAUAAAACAAAAAAUGUUGCUCCCCUGGGGAGGAAGAUAAUCAGUCAGUUGAGGUAGGUUCCUUGAUUUAAUUCAGAGCUGCAGCUAAUGCAAUACCUGAUCUAUUCAGACUGUUUUGAUCCAGUGAAGAUCCCUGAAUUGAUAAAAUAUCUUAAUCUAAACCUUCAACUUGUAUGUUAAGACCAAUUUCCAAUCAAAUUACUUUUACCUUUAGGUUUUCCUUUGAUUACCACUCAUUUUAGAUAUUGUUGACCUAUACUUUUUGAACCGCUGCUUACCACAGGUUUUUAAGGUUGCAGCAAAUCUUUACUCAAGACACUUGCUAUAAAUUCAAAUACCCUAACCAAUUACAGAGCUAUAUGUGAACCCCAUUUCUUAUGUAAAUUACUUGAAAGAUAUCAAUUAUGUGAGCAUUUACACUGCCACAGUUAAUUUGAAGAGUUUCAGUCAGGUUUCAGAGUUCAUCAUAGCACAGAAACUGAGCUGCUGAAAGUAAUUAAAGAUAUUCUUAUAGCCUCAGAUACGCCUAUACUUGUCUUGUUUGAUUUGAUUCGGUUUAGAUAAUGUGUCUGAUAGGUUCCAAUUUAUUUAUGUUAAUGAGAAAGUUUUGUCACUCUACAUCAUUUGUUACGGGAUGCUCCAGGGCUCGGUGCUCGGGCCAAUACUCUUUAAAAUGUUUCCACCAAGUUAAAUUAUUAGACAGCAUUAGAUGCAUUUCUGAAAUGUUGGACCGAAGGUUAGAAAAGCAGCAGUCUCCCGGUCCAUUUUCUUUUUUUUGCUAAGCAUGGUGGAAAAACAUUUUUUCUUUUUUUUUUUUUUUCAAGUUAAAUCAAGAACCAAAGCAAAAACAAAUGCAGGAGUACCCUAAAGUUAAGAACACUUGAACUGAACUUUGCUUGACAUUGGUGACUUACCUAGGGAAAUCCCAGGUCUGCAUGGAAACUGAUGAGUCACGGUGUUCCUCCUCCGCUCUGCUGCUGUCAUAGUGACCGUCCACUUCUUCCCUGCAAUUGACAGUAAAGAUGGUGAAUUUCUGUUUUAAGGGAAAUUCUGAGCUGCAGCUUCUGGUCAUGAUAUGUUCAGAAAUCUCCUCUCAAUGUGUGAGUUUAGAAAUGGCUUCUUAUGCUCCUUUUAUGGCUCCCCCAAUAACUUUUAAACUUUAAGUUUUUGCCUAAACUAUGUUUCAAACAGACCUUGAAAUCUCCAGCGGAAAGUCUUACAAUUUACAUUUGAGCUGUGAACAUUUAAACAUAGUUCACAGUUCAGAUGCUUGAAGUGAUGCAGGAAAUAGUUUUGGUUUCAACAGACCCUUUAUGAAUGGCUCUGGUUCCAUUUGGACACCACAUGUUUGUUUGAAGACUUCCCAUCCUCUUCGAGUUUGGAGUUCAAAAAGAUGAAAAGCUUUCACAUUUAUGUCGACCUUCUGUCCCCAUCUUUAUUACUCCUCCUCUAAUUCGUGGAAACUCAAACCUGUUCUCUUGGUGCUGAAAUGUAGUUCCUUUUGUUUAUCUUGACCACUGUUUCUCCCUUCCUCUUCCUCUUCCUGUUUGAUUCCCAUCUACACUUACAGUCCAACAACACUGGAAAACACUUUUCUCCUCAGACUCACCUUAAAGCAGGAGCAGAAAUAUGAUUCUUAUCUCUUAAGUCAUUAUUAUUAAACUAUCCAUGUGCGUUUCAUUGUUUUGUAAAAUAGGACUGUUGUAUUAUUGUCUGAAUAUGUCACAUAUCAGUGCUCUAUGCGUGUAUAAUCUGUAAAGUAUUCAUCACAAAGCUCAGAACAUCUAUUGGUCCUGCAGUCCAAACCAGAGAUGAACAUGUUUACAUGCUGAAGAAUCAAUCUAUGGGUGUUAAAUGUAUUAAAAGAAUUGAGAAAGAACCUUUUGUUGGCUUCAUCUGAAAGCUCAGCUUUGUGGUGCUUUUAGUUCACAAUCUAUUUUAAGUUGUUCUAAUGACAGUCUGCUAAUUUAGUAAGAUUUGAGGAACAAAUUAAAACACACCUGAAUCAUCCUUGGGUUAUUUGCAGAUGACAUAGAAGUAGAAUAAAACCUGAUAUCUGAAAUAGGUGUAUUUUUAAUAUUACAACACAAUUAGGUCUGGAACGUGAUAAACUUUAACUGGACUGACUGUUUUAUCUGAACUCAAAUUUCAAACAGAAGAUGGAGAAUGUUUUAAAAAAAUUCUGUUUUUUUAUCUUUAGCUUCAAGGCAAAAUUAUUAGAAUUUAAUAUGAAUUUGGUUUUCAAUUUAAGAAUCAAAUCUUAACUGCCAGCUGUGUUUAUCAUUAAAGAUAAAUAAAAUUUUCCCCUGAUUACUUAAAAGGUCUUUACCUUCAUAUGCAGUGAAUAUAUAUAAAUUGUGUUAUGAACAGGGGAAUUGUGUUUGAUGGUAUUUUUUUGUAUUUGCAGUUUGGGUUUUGUUAUGUAACCUGUUCCUCCUUAGCAGGAACAGAACAGACUUUAUUUUUCUUAUGUAAUAAGUGUCUCAUGGCGGCUGAAUAAAUCUGCUGUUUUCUUCUUGA